UACUCUUAGCAGGGCCAAUGGAGAGGUGUUGACCCUGUCGUCUUUUUUAAAGAUGACACAAUUAUUAAUAGUAUAAGGGACUUUUAUGGGAUUGAUGAGGGUUUUCCAUUCAAUGGCCACCUUAUUACACGAAACAGUGAUACCAGUCACGUGAAAAGAAUUUACUAUGUCUCCAAGUUUGUCAAGGAUAUUCUUGAGUUGAACUUUUCAGCUGGGCAGCAACUGAAAAUAACCUCAGUUGGCAUGAAGAUGUUUGAAAGACAAACAGCACGAGAAGGUACCGAUGCACCAUGUGCUUUCAGGAUAUCAUCUGAAGGAUUGCCCCUUAUUCUCCCAUACAUAACAAAGCAAAUUAUACAGGCUUCUCCCGUGGACUUCAAGCAUCUUCUGCAAGACAAAGAUGUAAAAUUUACAGAUUUUGCUGAUGCCGAGUUUGGUAAAAAGGCAGAAAAUCUAUUGCCAGGCUGUUGCGUGAUAGUUCUGGGUAAAGAGAACACAGUUACUAAAGAGUCCCUCAAAGUUGAUGAGUCAACAAUAGCCAUCGGAUGCUGGAGGGGUAGGGCAAGGUUGUCAGUGAUGGUUACUGCAAUGGACUGCCAAGAAUUGCUUGAAAGGCUUUUAAUACGUCUAGACACAGAAAAGGGCUCUUCUGGGCAUGUCGGAGGUGAAGCCUGUACAGAAGUUGAACAAUAAAGACCAUGAUGUUAAAGCUACUGACAGUUAGAGGACUCCUCAACUGAUAUUUAAUACUCUGUUGUAACAGAUAUUUAUUCACUCAUGAAAUGAUGAUUUUUUCCUUCACUCAUGAACUUUCAAUUAUAAGUUUUUGUUAUUAGUUUCUUAGACCUUGGUUCAUUUUUGUACUAGUACUCAUAAUCUAAAGCUUGAAAAGUUUGCCUAAAUUGUUUGAGAAACACUCUACAGUUGAGAGGUUCAGCAUGAAA